AUGGGUGCUUUUGAAGUGAUCUUGUGUACGUGUUUAGUUCUUCUGUGCCUUUGGAAGGGCCUAAAGACGUUUUUAAGAUACUUCUGGAUCUCCAGGAAGGUUUCCUACAUCGCUGGACCGCCACUAAUUGGCGUGAUAAAGAAUGUUCUGCUAAACAAAACGAGUUUCGCUCAAUUAUUCCUGGAUCUCUACAAUCAUCCGAAGACAAGGAAAGACGCCGUGACUGGAUUCUACUUCUUCCACAAGCCUUGCCUUCUGAUCCGCGAUCCGGAGCUCAUCAAGAGAAUUCUGGUGAAGGAUUUCAACCAGUUCAUGGACCGACGAAUGGCAACAGAUCCCAAGACUGACCCGAUUGGCAUAAAUACUAUACCAAAUGCUAAAGGCGAAACUUGGGGAAUCAUUAGAAAUCACAUAACUCCAGUCUUCACUGCGCACAAGCUGAAGAACUUUUUCCCUUUACUUGUAGAUGUUUGUGAGGAUAUGAAAGUUAAGUUGGCCAAGGAAAUCCCUUCUGGAGGCUCUGGGGAGAUCAAUCUAAAGGAAUUCGCUGGAUUUUAUACUGUCGAGGCGAUUGCGUCAUGUGCUUUUGGAGUGAAAGCCAAUUGUUUCCUUAAUCCAAAUUGUGACUUCUUCAAGAAGGCCCAGAAGAUGGUGUGUCCAACAGAUCUGAAGAAAAUCAUUGAGUUUGGAACGUGUUUUUUCUUCCCCGAGCUUGCCAGUGUCUUCAAAUUAAAACUUUUUUCAAAUGAUACUGAAAAAUUCCUCCGGACAGCCAUUCUGGAAGUGAUAGAAGAGAGAGAGAAGAGUGGUUCGAAGAGGAAUGAUUUGAUUGACACUCUGAUAACGAUGAAGAACACACAGAAGGAGAUUUUCCACACGGAUUGUCUCAUUGCUCAAGCGGCAGUUUUUCUAGCCGCUGGAUAUGAAACCUCAUCGUCAGUGCUUUCCUUUGCCUUGUACGAACUGGCCAGGCAUCAAGAUAUGCAGGAGAAACUGAGGAACGAGCUCAUGGACUUCGCCAAGAGCGGGAAGGAGAUGAAUUAUGAAAACCUGAACAACUUAGAGUAUCUUCAUAUGGUUUUUCAAGAAACCCUUCGACUGUAUCCUAGCCUCCUCUUUCUGGAUCGUACUUGUCAGCCAGCUGAUGGUUCAGAGUCUUAUUCAUUGAAGCCUUUUCAUGAUGCUUCCAUUCCGCGAGGGACACCAGUGUACAUCCCAACAAUUGCCAUCCAAAGAGAUCCCAACUUCUUUCCUGAUCCUCUAUCUUUUCGUCCUGAACGUUUUGCCACUGACGCUGAGCCUCCAAUCGAUCAACGAGCCUUCCUAGGUUUCGGACUGGGACCUAGAAAUUGCUUAGGAUCUCGCUUUGGAACAAUUCAAGUGAAGAUAGCUCUGGCAACGAUUUUGCCUAAAUAUCGCUUGUCUUUCUGCAAGAAAACUCCACAAAAAAUUGUGUUUCAGAAAAGUACAAUAUUCUUUAUAUCAGAAGAACCUCUAGUCAUUGAACUCAGGGAGAUUUGAUAAGCAUAAUAAAAAUUGAACGUGUUUUGAUGACUUUAAUAGCUAUGCCAUCAUUUGAUUAAUUUACUAUGUUGCUUAGAUGGAAUAAAAUGAAAUGAGGAUAAGUACUUGAAGCACUAUUGGCUGUCCAGGAAUAUUUCUUACAUCUCUUGAUC